AUGCCUUCCCCUCCUUCGACAGACAAACCUGCUCCUCAUCAGAAAGUUCUUGCUGAGUGUAAAAUCAGAUUCUCAGGGGGGUGGAGUUGCAUGUUUCCGGUCGGAGGCAGUCAGCCUAACACGAGGGCUGGUUGCUUUGUGACGGGCAGCUUGAACCCUGGAGCAGGCACCCUGUCCCUGGACAGUACCAGAGAGGCACUGUUUUUGUUUGUUUGCUUGUUUUUGUUCUUUUUUUUAACUGUAAGAGCAGGCACAAAGUCUAUUAUUACAGAUAUAGCAUGCAACAAGAGGGAGAAACAGUUUAUUUUUAAUAUUUAUUUUCAUUUCAGUAUUUGGCUACACUGGAUCUUAGUUGUGGCACGUGGGGUUUUCGAUCAUCACUGCAGCAUGUUUCCUGACCAGAGACUGAAGCCAGGCCCUCUGCACUGGGAGCUUGGAGACCUAGCCGCUGACCGCUGGGGAAGCCUCCAUGUAGGCACUGUUGAUUCGACUCUUUGGUCUCCCCUUUCCUCUCUUUCCUAUGAUCACCAUUCUUUUAGUUUGCACAGAAUGCCUUCAAUCAGGGUAAAAUAUGAUUAA